UUCCUCUCUAAUCUCAUUGUUCACGUACAAAUACAGAUCCUAAAAACAUUACGUUUUGUUCCUUUGACCAUGGAACUCAACCUCACUACGCCGACAUCAUGUUCCUCCAGCAGUAUCUCGUCAUCUUCGCAUGAAAUGGGUUUUUUAACCGAUACCAAAGGGAAAAUGAAAGAGAAGAUUGCGGAUGGGCAAGCGACCGAGACUCCGAGGGUAGAGUUUCGCUUUUUGUUCAACAACGACAAUAUAAGAAACUCUGGUUUUGGAGUUUUAGAUGAGGCAGAAGGGACAAAGAACGAGGCUAAAGCGAGGGUGUUUGCUUGCACCUUCUGCAAGAAAGAGUUCUCUACUUCUCAAGCAUUAGGAGGACAUCAGAACGCUCACAAGCAAGAGCGAUCAUUGGCCAAAAGGCGUAAGGAGAUCGAAAUCAACUAUCCUGGGCACUCCUUCUACAGCCAGUACCCACCAAGUGGUGUUUCCAACAGCAACAGCUCACAGUAUGACCUUGGGGUUCGUUGCAAUCCCAACAUUGGUAAAUAUAAGGCCUAUCCCUUAAACAUCUUCAGAUGUCGAUUAGGGUACAGAGGGCUUAACAUUAAUUCCCAUGUCCCUCUCCUGUCUCAACUUUCGUGCCCAAACACAGACGAUUUUUCCAUAAAUUUGAUUUCAAACUUAGAAGGCAGCAUUCAUAUGAAUAAGGAGGACCAAGGUGACAAAGAAGAUCAAUCGGACAGUGAUACUUGCAAGGAUACUGAGAUUGACUUGUCUCUGAAGCUGUAGUUUACUUUUAUUCUUAUUCUUGGUUAAACUUUAGUACUUGUUUCUUAAUUCAGCAUCCUUUCAUAUUGUGUUUUUACUCGUAAUGUUAAAGCUUAUAUUUAUAUAUACAGACUUUAAUCUCGCCAAUCUU